AUGCGUCUGCCAUAUGUUGAUGCCACCGACCCCAACGCCUUCACGACCCCAGAAGAAAGCGCAAUUGUUGCCCGGGUCCGCGAACGUCGUGCCCCUCGCCCGCUACAGCCGCUUGAUCUGACAUUGCUUCAUUCUCCCGCCGUGGCAGAUGGAUGGAAUAGCUUCCUCGGCGCUGUUCGUACCAAGACAAGUCUCGCUGACGAUGUACGGGAGAUAGCUAUUUGCAGAGUGGCAGUGAUUAAUGAAGCUUGGUACGAGUGGGGACAUCACGCUCCUUUGGCAAAGGCCGGAGGUGUCUCUGAAGACGGGAUGAAGAUACUCGAGGAAUCAGUGCUGUCUGGAAAGAAGGGUGCCGAAUUGACCGAGAAGCAGUGGGCAGUUGUGCAUUAUACAGAUGCUAUGACCAGGGAUGUGGCUGUUAAGGACGAUAUCUUUGCGGAACUCAAGAAGCAUUUCUCUGAACAGGAGGUUGUGGAAGUUACGGCUACGGUCGCAGCAUAUAACUGCGUCAGCCGGUUCCUCGUGGCAUUGGAUGUGGGAGAGAAGAACGGAGUAAAAAGCCAAGCCCAUUAA